UGAUAGCUAAUGAAAAGAGCUUGUGACAGCUCGUGAGUCGCGAAUUUGUUUUGUGGAGCCGCCGUGAUAAGCAAAUUUCAUGUAAACAUUUCGAUUUUUCUAUCGAUUGCGGUCAAGUAUGGCGGAAGAUCGAGAAGUCUUACGAGAAAUUUGGGACGGGCGACUGCCGGUGUGCUUCAAGCUUGCCGAGGAAGAAGUAUACACGAUGCAGCAGCCCGAACCUUACUACCUAAUGAUUUCGAGAAUAAGCUACUUUCCUUUAGUGGUUGACAAGGUUCAUAAGCACUUCUCCAGGCACGUUGAUGAGCGAUACCAUGGAAAUGAAAUGUGGCUUGAAUACAAUGGUCUACCUUUGAAAUGGCAUUUGCCAAUUGGUGUACAUUAUGAUUGUAAUGCUAGCGAUUCCAUUUUACCAUGGGGCAUCACGGUUCACUUCCAGAAUUUCCCUGAGAAGCAAAUCCUUCAUUGCGGAAGUCGAGCUGUGGUUGAAUCGCAUUUCAUGUCAGCCAUCAAAGAAGCAGAUAUGCUAAAGCAUCGCAGCCAAGUGGUUAGCACUAUGCAGAAGAAAGACCACAAUCAGCUUUGGGUUGGAUUACUUAACUCAAAGUUCGACCAGUUCUGGGCAAUCAACAAAAAAUUCAUGGAACGCAUUGGUGGAGAGAGCUUCAAGCACAUUCCUUUUCGUCUGUAUAUGCCAGAUGGAAGUCUUGUCCAAAGGUUAGUCUCACCGGUGGCACCUUCUGGUGACAAGGCAACUCUAGAGACCCUCUUGCAGCAAGUGGCACCUCAGGUUCUUGUCGGUGAUGGAGCCAAACAUGUGGUCAUCACUCAUGGGAUCCAGGUUCCUCUGGACACACCGCUUCAGUGGAUGAGUGAACACCUCAGUUAUCCGGACAACUUUCUGCAUUUGUGUGUCAUGCCAUGUUCAUAGUGAUAGCUUCAAGUGUCCAUCAGUGAUAUUUCGCAAAUUUUAUCUCACUAGUCGAGGGCAGCUUGUCUUGGUUGCAGAAAGGGCUUGCAACGACUAUGAUAUAUCAAGCGCAAAUUGUUUGUGUGGUUACUUCAUACAUUCUGCUCGACUGUGCAGAUGAUUUGCACCAGAAUGGUACUACUGUCAUAACGAUGAGUUGGGCUGUCAAAAAAAAGUGAUUCCUACCUGUCAAGGUGCAUGCUUUUCUUGUCCACAUUGUGCACUUUUUACAUUUUUAGAUAUCUGUUGACAUCUUCGACUGGUUGCUUAGAGCACUGCAGCAGUGCUACAAUGACUGUAUAAAGCAUCAACAUUUGGAGACUAAAGCAGCUCCGCUAUGCACAAUCAAGUUAGACUGUCACUGUCAGAACGCGCAUAACCCUACAACACAACUCAAAUGCUAUCUUACUCAACAUUGUAGUGCUGCAGAAGCAUUUUGGAACCAAUUGAACAUGUUGUCAUGUUUGAUGAUGAUGCUUGUUGGACGUUAUUUCAUGGUCACGUUAAGCGAAUUACUGCACUGCCAUUAAGAAAAUUAGAUCUAACUGGAUCUUGUCAAAAUUUACAGUCAUGCUUGCUUGAGUGUGACUCCACUGUUGUGAGAUAUUGCGAAAAACAAGUCAUUCCCAAGUUUCUUUUUGUUCUUGUGCUGUAAAGCCUACUUAUUUUUACAGUGUCGCAUGGCCCCUGUCAAUGUGUGAUACAUUGCAUAAAGCUGUGGGCAGCAAUUUCACAAUUGCAUUAGUCUGUUACAGCACCAUUCAUAGACAGCACAACUUGCAUUUUUUUAAAAGUGGCAUCUGAAUAACGUUCCACCAAAAGCUCGAAAGCUGUGCUGCUACAGCCAAUAAUAAGGUAUACACAACAAAUUUUCAUUCAUCCAAUACCACCAGUCAUGCAUAGUUUUAAAAUGCUAAAAAAGUCUUGGCACCAAAAAUGUGUAUUCCAUAUGUAGUGGGUUCAGGAAUACACCAUUUACAAAGCUGAUUGUGAAAACCUUCAGUUACCAACUAGCAGCAAAGCUUUUGUAACCUUUGCCAAAUGUACCAGGAAAUCCUGCAUAUAAUCAAGUGUGAGUGUAAAAUGAAGAACAAUUUUGGGGCCACAAAACAAAUAUAUUUAUUGGUACAUAACAACUAAAAAUGCUUAGUUAACCCAUUCGGUAAAAAUUUGGUUAAACAUUUAUACAUGAAUGUAAAACGAGAAGCAAAUUUCAUAAGCAGCAGCCAGAACAAAGCCCCAUAUUAAAUGCAUGGUUUCAUGGUACUUACUCAUGUGAGUUUGUCAGCCACUUCGUAUUCAUGGUAGUAAGCACACAGAUUGCUUUGUUCGAUGACAUGUUUGAUCUCCUACUACGAAUGAAAAAAGCUAUUUAGUAUGAACGAAUGUCAAUUUUAAAUAAUUUUAAACAAUGCGUGAUAGUUGAGAUACUUUGGUCAUAUGACCGCGUGGUUUUCAUAAUCUAUUUAAAAAUACAUAUUAAAGAUGUUCUGUGUCAUCUAUACACAUAUUUCAAAUUUUGUAUGUGUUCAGUCUGAAGAUUGGAGUGCAGUGUUUGUAAGCUGCGUAUGUGUAUAGAAUUUUUCUUAAUUUAUUAACUGUCAUUUAUUUAGAUGAGAAAAGUUGUUCUUAGUGCAUAUGCUUCUAGAUUUAUAUUGUGGUUGUAAAAAUAAAAAAAAAAGGCUUGUAUCCCGAUACAAGCCAUAUGAUUUACAGUGCA